CUUUAAAUGGCCCCACGACUCCCCCCGGCUGGCGCCUCUUCCCCCCCACACUUCAUCGAGACGAGACGCACGUGCCAUUUAUAGGACUCCGUCGGAAUAAGCUGCUCGAGCUGCAGGUGUGAAAAGCGACGCAAACAUGAGCGACAAGGGGACAGUUUCACCUAAAGAGGAAACAGGGAAGAGGGGGCGUGGAAGACCCCGCAAGCAGCCCCAGGUGAAGCCCGCUGACGAACCAAGUGGGUCCCCGACUCCAAAGAGGCCCAGAGGACGGCCAAAGGGCAGCAAGAACAAGUCAUCUUUCAAGGGCAAAAAGGCGACGGCAGCAGCAACUCCAACUACAGGAGCAAAACGCAGGGGAAGACCCAAGAAGGAGGAGAAAGAGGAAAAGGCGUCCCAGGAAUCAUCCGAGGCGGAGGAGGAGGAAGAGGACCAGUAGUUCCCCCGACGCAUGCUACCUCACUCAACAUACUGACUUACUGUUAACCAGAACUGGGCUGUAUCUCCAACACCAGUGCCACCACAUGACCACUGUUCACGACAGGGCCCCUCUUUGCCAAAAGGGGGCUUAACACAGUAAAUAAUCAUGCAACAGCACUGGAUAGACAGAUGGACCUUGCUCAAGCAUAGAUCUCAGAAUUACAUGAAAGGUGUCAGCCCUUUUCUUCUACGUGUCAUGCUAUCACAAGUCUUUUAUACUGGACAACGGUGUGCUCUACAGAGCCUGGAUGUUUCUGUUCUUUCCCCCUAUAAGAUGAUUUCUAGGACAUUUUCUCUGCUCUGUUACUUAUUGGUCGUUCCCCGCAUCUGAGAUGGUAGGGCAUAUAGAUUUGUCUCCCAUGUUUUGUACUGGACAAAGGUGAAUUUUACCGAUACUUGUUUGUUUUUUCUUUGUCGUGUGUUCAUGUGAAGUGGUUGACCAUUGCAAUCACGUCUGUAGAUGGAGUUGAGCUUCAGCGUUUAGGAGGAGGAUAGGUAACGGCUGGUGUGUUUGCUCUAUAUUCCGACCCUAACCUCAAUCCCAUCGUCUCACCAGUAGAGCAGAACCAUCGCCCCCCCCACCCCCCUUCCUGUCAAACCUAGAUAUGCUUCUUCCUUCUCGGUACUCGGCGUGUAAUGGGGAGAUGUUGACGUAUCAUAAACUAAUCAGAACAGUCUGAUCAGACUUACUGUUUUUUUUGUUCUUUCGGAGGUUACUUACCAUUUAAAGACACAAAAAGAAAAAAAACAUGGGUGUGCUGCUUUUCAUGUCAUAAUAAAAUUCAACUCUAUAUGGUAUAACAUGUGUUUUUAAAGGAUAGGGUGACUUGGCAGAGGCUGAACGCAUCAGUGUUGUUUCUUCAGGGAGCUUUUACAAAAAAAAUUGCUGUUACAUUGAUCCUCGGUUUCCACGCGCUCGCCCGAUCACUCGAGGAAGAUACGCAGAGGAUUGUAAUGGAGGACAGUGGUGUCCACCAGGGCUGAACGUUUUCAUUCCACGUAGCACUCACUGCUUCACCUAGGGGGUCGGUCUUUCUGUCAGAACUUAGCACCGGUAUAGAAAAACAAAAAUCUACUUUUCUUGGUCUUUUUUUUGAAGAUGUGUGUUGUAUGACAUCGGCUAAAGAAAAAAAAAAUGUUUUGUGUAUUUCUAAGUGUCAGGGAACCCGCGGUCACAGUCCACUUAAACUGGGUUUUUUCCAUACACCUAAGCUGCUACAACCUCAGUUACGAAACCCGGAAAACUGCAAACAGGCGAUACACAGCCUGGAUCUUCAUACCUCACUCAACUGCUUACUUUACCAUUACAAAUGCAUUGAACUGGUUUUUCUGUUUUUUUUUUUUUUUUUAAUGUGACCUCUGGCAUGAGAUGGAAAGAUGUCGUCAUUACAAAGUUUGUGUAACUUACUUUUUUGGUUUCAGUUAUUAUUUUCCUUCUGAUUGUUAUAAUUAUUUUAUUUUUAGAUGCCAACCGUGUGUUCGUACACGCAACCACGUGUUGGCUCGUGCAGACAGGUUGUGUUGAAGCCAGUCGGCUCGACAACUGUGUUCGCUGACUGUGGUAGAUUAGCGGGUUUGUUUUUAUCCUUUUUUAAAAAAAGUUUGUUUCUUCUGGUGCACUGAAAUGUUGGUUCCGAUCUUCAAGGACAAAUGUUUGUGUGUUUGUGGCGGACAGGGCGCUCUUUCCACUUAACCGUGCUGUUGGACAUUUGUGUGUUUGGCACUCGUACAACAGUCAUUUCACUUUUCUUUUUUUUUCUCGGCAUCCUCCAAAUACUCCUUGACAAUAUCGGUGUCGUUCUACAUACCGACAUCUUGCAAUCCGUUCAUUUAUAAACCGUAAAACUCAACAGGAUGGGAUCAUUCUUUUUAAUGUACACCGUAUAUAUAAAUGUACAACGUCUAUAUUUCUAUGGUGCCCUACAACAAUUUGUAUCAGAAAUGGUCAAUAAAGAGAAUUUUCUUUGUCAA